AUGGCAGCAGGACAAAACCAGCCUCCGUAUCCUCUUCACGAGUCGACCAAGGGUCGCAUCAAUGAAGAGUACGCCGCCUUUUACAACAAGCACAUCAUCGACAAGCAGCAAGUGCACCUGCAGCCAGUGGAAGCGUCCAGGGCCAGCGGUAUCCUGAUUCCUGGAGCCGGCCCGUUGCAGCCCGUCGCCAGCACCGUCGACUACUCCAUCUCCCGAAAGGAGAGUCAGGGUCCAGACGUCAAGGUGCGGUGUUUUACUCCCGAGGGAGACAAGCCUGCUGCCGGGUGGCCCGUGUGCAUCUACUUUCACGGAGGUGGCUGGGUUCUCGGCACGAUUGAUACUGAGAAUGUCAUUGCCUCCAACUUGUGCGCCCGGGCGAAAUGUGUCGUGGUGGCAGUAGACUAUCGGCUGGCUCCAGAGGAUCCAUUCCCUGCUGCGGUGGACGACUGCUGGGAGGCUGUGCUAUGGGCACUCGGCGACGGAAAGAAGAUCUUGGGUAUCAACGAGACCAAGCUGGCUACGGGAGGAUCCUCGGCCGGAGCGAACCUGGCAGCCAUCAUGUGCCAAAGGGCCGCCGACCGUGGAGGUCCCAAAUUCCUCCUGCAGCUACUAUCCGUGCCGGUCAUGGACAACACGGCCGACGUUGGCAACAACGAGUCCUGGGCAGAGAACCAGUUUAGCCCUGCGCUACCCGCUGAGAAGAUGCUCUGGUAUCGGCGCCACUACCUGCCCAAGCAGGAAGAUUGGGCCCACCCCGAAGCGAGCCCCCUGUUCUGGAAGGGUGACUGGUCCAAGUUGCCUCCGGCGUGUUUCGUACUUGGUGAGCUUGAUGUCCUUCGAACAGAGGGCGAGCAAUUUGCCAAGAAGUUGGAGGAGGCAGGGGUGGCUGCCGACGUUAACAUCAUGAAGGGCCAGCCUCACCCCUUUAUCGCCAUGGAUGCAGUGCUAGAAGCUGGGUCAAGAGCUAUUACAUUGUUUUGUGAUGCUUUACGCAAAUCUAUGUAUGCUUGA